GAUUUCUUCAGGGAGAGUAAGCACUUUAGCAAGAGAUGGCUGAUGCUGUUGUCGAAUUUCUCUUGUUAAAUUUGAAACAGCUACUCCUUUAUCAUGUGGAUUUGCUUUCAGGAGUAAAGGAUCAAGUUGAAUCUCUUCAUAGAGAGCUUAGUUUGAUGAAAGCUUUUCUUAAAGACUCUCGGGAGAAGCGCAGUGAGUAUGAAUAUGUUAGAGAGUUGGUAAGCCAAAUCACAGUUGUGGCUUAUGAGGCGGAGGAUAUAAUUGACACGUUCGUGACUAAUGCAGCGAUGCAAAAGGCUAGGAGCACUGUCAGGAGAGCCUUUCACGUAUUUGAUCACUCGUCCAUGCUUCGGAAUGUGGCAAAGGAAAUUGAAUCAAUCAAGGUGAAGGUGAAGGAGAUUUAUGAUAAGAAGAUGUUUGGGAUUCAAAAUCUACAUGAUGGAGAGUCUUCUCGCAGAAGUCCUCCGCUAAAAAGAGUUCCUAUAGUGGAAGAGGAAAAUGUGGUGGGCUUUGAUGAAGAGGCUAAGACAAUGAGGAGUCUACUUACCAAUGGGUCAGAGGAGUUACAGAUCAUCUCAAUUGUCGGGAUGGGUGGCCUGGGCAAGACGACUUUAGCUAAAAAAGUUUACACUGAUCCUUCCAUUGAAUACCACUUCUAUAACCGUGCAUGGAUUUAUGUGUCUCAGCAGUAUAGUCGAAAGGAGGUCUUUCUUGGAAUUUUAGAUUCUUUAAGUCUCAUCACAGAUGAAAUGUAUAAAAUGAAUGAUGAAAAAUUGGCCAUAGAGCUGUCUAGUCAUUUGAGAAGCAAAAGAUACCUUGUUGUCAUUGAUGAUGUUUGGACAAUGGAGGCUUGGGAUGACCUCAAAAUGGCUUUCCCAAAUACAGCUAGUGGGAGCAGAAUAUUGUUAACCACUCGAAACCGAGAUGUUGCAUCGUACGCCAAUCCUGAAGGUUCUCCUCACCAUUUACGCUUUCUAACUAAUGAAGAAAGUUGGGAACUCCUGUCAAAGAAGGUCUUCCGCAAAGGAAGCUGCCCCUUAGAGCUAGAAGAUAUUGGACUUCAAAUUGCC